GCUGAAGACAGUGUAGCAUCGGUCGUCGGCCCGAUUGCUCGUGAACAUUUUCCAGUCGCGUACGAGUAACAUAAUCCUUUACCAUUCAUUCGCAUGCACGUCGUUGCAACAGUUGUGGCAAAAUCAUUGCCACUUUAUCUUGGAUCAAUUUUUGGUUUCGAAAAAUUUAGAAAUUUAGUUAGACAUAUAAGUAUAGUUAAAAAACCGGUUUAGGCUGUCCUCGAAGGACAGCUUCGUACUGUAGGUAAAGAUCUAGCAGGAUGAGUAAAGUGGAAGUAUCGGUUUUGUGGCUCUUUCUGAUUGUGCCUUUCCUCGGUCACGUGGCUGCGGUUGCACGACCGCACAUUGUGUUUAUUUUGGCCGAUGAUUUGGGUUGGAACGAUGUUGGAUUUCAUGGUUCGGGUCAGAUACCUACUCCGAACAUCGAUGCUCUCGCGUACUCUGGCCUCCUCCUUGAUCGGUAUUAUGUAUCCCCGAUUUGCACACCGUCCAGAAGCGCUUUGAUGACCGGCAAAUACCCAAUUCAUACUGGAAUGCAACAUGGGGUUCUAAAAUGUGCCGAGCCACGAGGGCUUCCUCUUCAAGAGAAAUUACUGCCAGAAUAUUUGCGCGAACUCGGCUACAGUACGCAUAUCGUUGGAAAAUGGCACCUAGGAUUCUAUACCAAACGAUACACACCGACGUACAGAGGAUUCGACUCUCAUGUCGGUUUCUGGAGCGGGCACCAGGACUAUUUCGAUCACACAGCAGUCGAAAGCCCUUAUUGGGGUUUGGAUAUGAGACGAGGGCUCGAUUCAGCCUGGGAUCUUCAUGGACAAUAUUCCACGGACAUCUUCACGACAGAGGCUGUGAAAUUGAUCGAUAAUCAUAACGAUAGCCGACCUAUGUUCCUCUAUUUAGCACACGCUGCUGUGCACUCCGGAAACCCUUACGACCCUCUCCCGGCGCCUGACCAGGACGUCGCGAAAUUCAGCAACAUCUUCGAUUAUAAUCGUAGAAGAUUCGCUGGUAUGUUGAGCAAAUUGGACGAAUCGGUUGGCCAGGUGGUAGAGGCACUUCGUAAAAAGGGGAUGCUGAAGAACAGUAUAAUAGUGUUCUCCACGGACAAUGGUGGACCACCGGCUGGUUUCAAUCUGAACGCCGCCUCCAAUUGGCCACUGAGGGGUACAAAAAAUACUCUCUGGGAAGGUGGCGUCAGAGGAGCUGGUUUGAUAUGGUCACCAAAGCUGGUAAGUCCUGGAAGAGUCAGUAGACAAUUGUUCCACGUGAGUGACUGGCUACCAACUCUGUUAACCGCUGCUGGUGGAGAUCCUUCCAAUUUAACCAUCGAUGGUAUGAACCUGUGGCACGCUUUGAGCGAGGACACCGAAUCGCCUCGCAAGUCUGUUCUCCACAACAUCGACGACAUUUUUGGUGUGUCUGGGAUCACGAUCGACAAUUGGAAGUUUAUUCAGGGGUCCACUUACGAAGGUCAAUGGGACGGAUGGUACGGACCAUCGGGGAGAGAAUGGGUCUACGACAUAGGUGGUGUGAUCGGUAGCACAGCUGGUCGAGCAGUCGCAAGUGUUGGCUUUAGUUUGUCGGCAGCAAACGUGAGGAGACUUCGAAAACAAGCGAUGAUCAAAUGUCCGCCGAGAAAUGAUAGUCUACCAUUAUGUUUACCGCUGCAGGCGCCCUGUCUCUUCAACGUUUACGAGGAUCCUUGCGAGGACAACAAUCUGGUGAACGAGUUUCCCUCCAUCGUGAACUUGUUGCGUGACGAACUGAAGAAGCUGAACUCUACCGCGAUACUACCUGGAAAUCUUCCUUGGGACAAGAGGGCCAAUCCUGAGUUGUGGGACCAUACUUGGACCAAUUUUGGUGACUACUCGAACGUAUUCGCGAAUAACGUGAGUUGAAGGUGUUUGAUGAAAUAGAAAAGACACUAAUUAAGGGAAGUGGACGAGAUCCAUUGAAGUAUGUUCGCAGAAACAUAUAUUUUUAUACGCGUUCAAUCGAGUGUUAAAUCGAUUUCAAAGGACAAAGGGAUUUUUA